AUGCGCGUAGGCUAUCACCUCCCGCGAAAUUGGAUUGUAUGGACGGCCUUGGCCCUGCUCUCUACCUUUUCCAUCAUUCGCCUCGUGUAUCGAGCACCUCCGCGCGCUGUCGACCCGCGCGCUGCAAAUCGAGCCAACGCGACGCUCCUGAUGUGGGCCCAGAACGUGGAUCUUACCGGAGUGUUGUACGCCAUCUCGGAAGUCGAGAUGCGGUUCAACCGUAUACACGGCUAUCCAUGGGUGAUACUGGGAGAUCAGAAGUUCAAUCCCAAUUUCAAGUGGCGGGUGCAAGCGCUCGUCUCUGGGGAAGUACACUUCGGGUUCGUUCACAGGGACGACAUGGUGCAGCCUUCCUGGAUCGACAAUCAGAGAGCUUCAGAGGCUAGGAAGAAGAUGGCGGCUCAGAGGAUACCAGACGGUGAAAGUCUUGCAAAGAGAAACCUCUUCCGCUAUCUUGCAAAAAAGUUUGCAGAUCACGAGCUUAUGCGGAAGUAUCGAUACUACUGGCGUGUUGACCCCAAACACCAAUACCUCUGCGAUGUCCACUCAGACCCUUUCAGAGUGAUGGAGCAAAGAAACAUGUCCCUAGGCUUCACAAUUACCACUCGAGAGUAUUCGCAGACCAUCCGCACGCUUUGGGAAUCCGUGAAGAGCUUCAUGAAUGAACGCCCGGAUUUACUCGCUGAAGGAAACAUGCUGUCAUUCCUCACUCCGGAUGGCGCGACAUACGAUGCUUGUUCAUAUUGGAGCGAGAAUGAGCUAGCGGAUCUCGACUUCUACCGUGGUAGCGCGUAUACCGCGUUCUUUGACCGAUUAGACCGCGACGGCGGUUUCUACUAUGAUCGUUGGGCGGACUCCGCCAUACAUAGUCUUGGUGCCCAGCUCCUCCUGCCUAAAGAGAACACUCACUUCUUUGCCGACUUCGGCUUCCGCACCGAGGCCCUGAACUAUCGGCCAUCGUUCCAGUAUUGCCCCACAGAUAACGAGAUAUGGAUGAGCGAACAGUGCAUUUGCGAUGCACGGGUCAACUACGUGUCGUGGCCCGGGAGCUGUCUUGCGCGGUGGAAGUCGCACAUGGGGUACACAGAAUGA